UUCCCGGAAGCAGCCUCGGGGCGGGGUGGGCAGGUGCACUCCGGCGCGGACGCCGGUGAGGGGGCGUGUUCCCCGUGCCCGGCGGCUGCCCGCGGGCCCCCUGAGGGCCCUCCCAGGCUCCCGGUGCGACCAUGGCGCGGAGCCUCCGGAACUGGCUGGGCGGCUGCCUACUGGUGUCAGCAUUGGGAAUGGUGGUGCCACCUCCUGAAAACGUCAGAAUGAAUUCAGUUAAUUUCAAGAACAUUCUCCAGUGGGACUCACCUGCUUUUCCCCAGGGGGAUCUGACCUUCACAGCCCAGUAUCACAGUUAUAGGCAAUUCCAGGAUCAGUGCGUGAGCAUCAGCUUGAUGGAGUGUGAUUUCUCAAGUCUUUCCAAGUACGGUGACCACAUCUUAAGAGUCAGGGCUGAAUUUGCAGACGAGCAUUCAGACUGGAUAAACAUCACCUUCUGUCCUGUGGAUGACACCAUUAUUGGACCUCCUGGAAUGCAAGUAGAGGCACUUGCGAAUUCUUUACAUAUGCGUUUCUUGGCCCCAAAAAUUGAGAAUGAACCUGAAACAUGGACUGUGAGGAAUAUUUAUAACUCAUGGGCUUAUCAUGUGCAAUAUUGGACGAAUGGCUCCGACGAAAAGUUUGCAGUUACCGCCCAGUAUGACUUCGAGGUCCUUCGAAAUCUGGAGUCAUCCACAACUUACUGUGUUCAAGUCCGAGCGUUUCUUCCCGAUCGGAACAAAACGGGGGAAUGGAGUGAUCCUGUCUGUGGGCAGACGACCAAUGAUGAAACCACCCCCACCUGGAUCGUGGCCUGCGUCCUGGCCGCCUCGGUGGUCGCUGCCUUCCUGCUGCUCCUCGGCUGCUUCAUCUUGCUGCGGUGCAUUUACAAGAAGACCAAGAACGCCUUCCCCCCCAGGAAUUCUCUCCCACAGCACCUGAAGGAGUUUUUGAGCCACCCCCAUCACAGCACCCUUCUCUUAUUCUCCAUCCCACUGUCUGAUGAGAAUGAAGUUUUUGACAAGCUGAGUGUCAUCACAGACGCGUCCGAAAGCCACAAGCAGAAUUCUGGGGCCGGCUGCAGCCUCGGGGCCCGGUGUGGGCAGGGCUCCUUUGAGCUCGUCUCCCAGGAGGGAGCACCGUCAGCCGGGUGCAGCGACCCCUUCCUUCUCACGUCUGCCUCUGAGGACGAUCAGAGGGACCAGUAUACAAGGGACGAGGCCACCCCAAAUGGAGAACUCUCAGACACCGGGACAACGUCCAAACCCCCAAAGACUGGACUGGGAAGGCUCACUCGGUAAAAAACACUCCCAUCCUGGGAACUUGCCUCUUCUUAGAGGCCUUAAAGAUUUAAAAAAAAAAAACAAGUGGCCACUGAAGGUAUGGUUUGCAGCCUCGUGUGCUCACUAAUAUGAAAACCAAGUUUUACAUGAUGAGAAACAAAAAUAUUUAUUUUCCUUGAUUUUUUUAAAUCUUUUUACGGCCACACCUGCUGUAUAUGGAAAGUUCUGAGGCUAGGGGUCUAAUCGGAGCUGCAGCUGUAGCCUACAGCACAGCUCAUGGCAACACCAGAUCCUUAACCCACUGCACAAGGCCAGGGAUCGAACCUGCGUCCUCACAGACACUAUGCCGGGUUCUUAACCCACUGGGCCACCACAGGAACUCCGAGAAAUAAAAAUAUUUAAAAUAACAAAUGAAGAUCAAGACGCUAUAAAAUCUGACCAGACUACCGAUAGACUGAUGCGAAAAAACAGCCUCGAAUCAAAGUAGCCCUCGGUAAAGACUGUACAGAGCGCAGACUUGGUGGAUUCUCAGGGACACUUGGACUGGACGUAUUUUUCUACAUGGAUUCGUUUUAUAUAGUGUCGGUGCUCUAUUAAAGUUUUAUUCUCUAUUUAA